ACCACCAGCCGCGCAUCGGAGAUGUCCUCCAAAUAAGACCAUGGCUCUUGGGAAAAUUGACUCCCUUCUCAUCUUCUACCUCAGUUUCUCACUGCUCAUCCGCGUAAAAAAUUCCUUUUGCAAUAAAAAUGACACCAGGUGCCUCUCUAAUUCUUGCCAAAAUAAUUCUACAUGCAAUGGUUUUUCAGCAGACAACCAUUGCCAUUGUUCACACACAGCCAAUAAUUUGGACAAAGGCUGUGACCAUGUGAAAGAUCCUUGCUUCUCUAAUCCUUGUCAGCAAAAUGCCACUUGUGUGAACACCACAGGAGAAAGGAACUUUGUGUGCAAGUGUCCUCCUGGGUACAGUGGGAUGACCUGUGAAACCACCAUCAGUUCCUGUGGAAUGAACACCUGCCAACGUGGAGGAAUUUGCAAUCAGGACCCUGUUUACCCUGUCUGCAUCUGCCCUGCUGGAUAUUAUGGAAGAUUCUGUGAGAUGGAGCAUGAUGAGUGUGCGUCCAGCCCUUGCCACAAUGGAGCCAUAUGCAUGGAUGGAAUCAAUGGCUAUUCCUGCUUCUGUGUCCCAGGAUAUCAAGGCAGGCACUGUGACUUGGAAGUGGAUGAAUGUGUUUCAGAUCCCUGCAAGAACGAGGCUACGUGCCUCAAUGAAAUAGGAAGAUUCACUUGUAUUUGUCCUCAAUAUUAUACUGGUGUAAACUGUGAAUUGAAAAUUGAUGACUGUUGGUCCCAGCCCUGUCUAAAUGGUGCAACUUGUCAGGAUGCGCUGGCAGCCUAUUUCUGUGACUGUGCCCCCGGAUUCCUUGGUGAUCACUGUGAACUCAACAUUGAUGAGUGUGCCAGUCAGCCAUGUCUCCAUGGAGGGCUGUGCAUGGAUGGGGACAACAGAUAUAGCUGUAGGGGAAGUGGAUUCACAGGGACACACUGUGAGACCUUGAUACCUCUAUGUUGGUCAAAACCCUGUCACAAUAAUGCUACCUGUGAGGACAGUGCUGACAAUUACACUUGUCACUGCUGGCCUGGAUACACGGGUACCCAGUGUGAGACCGACAUCAAUGAAUGCAGUAGUAACCCCUGCCAGUCUGAUGGGGAAUGUGUGGAACUGUCCUCAGAGAAGCAAUAUGGACGCAUUGCUGGGCUGCCCUCUGCAUUUAGCUACCACGAAGCCUCAGGUUACAUUUGUAUCUGUCAACCUGGAUUCAGAGGAAUCCACUGUGAAGAAGACAUCAAUGAAUGCUCUUCAAAUCCUUGCCAAAAUGGUGGUACUUGUGAGAACUUGCCCAGGAAUUAUACUUGCCAUUGCCCAUUUGAUAUCCAUUCUGGAAUGUUUUAUGGAGGCAGGGAUUGUUCUGAUAUUCUCCUGGGCUGUACCCAUCACCAAUGCCUGAAUAACGGAAUAUGCAUUCCUCACUACCAAAAUGACCAGCAUGGAUUCAGCUGCCUAUGUCCAUCUGGCUAUACAGGGUCACUGUGUGAAACUGUCACCACACUUUCUUUUGCAGGCAGUGGCUUCCUGUGGGUGAAAACUGACUCAAUCACAACCAAGGGCUCAGCUUGUAACAUAGCCCUCAGAUUUCAGACUGUUCAGCCAGUGGCACUUCUGCUUUUCCAAGGCGUCAGGGACAUGUUUGUAAAGCUUGAGUUGCUAAAUGGCCACAUUCACUUAUCAGUGCAAGUCAAUAAUCACUCGAAGGUGCAUCUGUAUAUUUUCCACAAUACCAGUGAUGGAGAGUGGCACUCAGUGGAGGUAACUUUUGCAGAGGCUGUGACCCUUACCUUACUCGACCAAUUCUGCACAGAGAAAUGUGUUGCUAAAGCUCCUUUUCCAUUUGAAAGUGAUCAAUCAAUAUGUGCUUUUCAAAACUCUUUCUUGGGUGGUUUACCAAUAGGAAAGACCAGCAGUGGUGAUGUCCUGCUUAACAUCCAUAAUAUACCAUCCACACCUUCUUUUGUCGGCUGUCUCCAAGACAUUAAAUUUGAUUGGAAUCCCAUUACCCUUGAGGACAUAUCAUUUGGCUCAUCAUUAAAUGUUAAGGCAGGUUGUAUGAAGAAGGAUUGGUGUGAAAGUCAACCUUGUCAAAACAGAGGACGCUGUGUCAACCUGUGGCUUGGUUACCAGUGUGAUUGCUACAGGCCCUACAAAGGCCUCAACUGUCUGGGAGAAUAUGUGGCAGGAAGAUUUGGCCAUGAUGACUCUACUGGAUACGCUGCCUUUAAACUUGACAAGAAUUCUGUAGAGAACUUCACCCUCUCCAUGUUUGUUCGAACACGUCAACCAUCAGGCUUACUUCUAGCUCUGGAAAACAACACUUACAAAUACAUCCUUGUCUGGUUGGAGCAUGGAAGAUUAGCAAUGAUGACUGCAAGUUCUCCCAAAUUAGUAGUAAAAUUUUUCCUUAGUGAUGGAAAUAGCCACUUGAUAUCUUUGAAAAUUGAGCCAAGUAAAAUUGAACUUUAUCAGUCUUCACAAAACCUAGGACAUAUUUCUGCUCCUACAUGGAAAAUCCAAAAAGGAGAUGUCAUCUACAUUGGUGGUCUGCCUGACAGGCAGGAAACUGAAGUUAAUGGUGGGUUCUUCAAAGGAUGUAUCCAAGAUAUAAGAUUAAACAACCAAAAUCUGGAAUUCUUCCCAAAUCCUACUAGCAAAGCAACCCACAAUCCAGUUCUUAUCAAUGUGACCCAAGGCUGUCCUGGAGACAACAUCUGCAAGUCCAACCCCUGUCACAACGGAGGUGUUUGCUACUCCACUUGGGAUGACUUCUCGUGCUCCUGUCCUCCGCACACAGCUGGGAAAGCCUGUGAGGAAGCUCAGUGGUGUGAACUCAGUCCAUGUCCUCCCAAAGCCCAGUGCCAGUUGGUGCCUCACGGAUUUGAAUGUAUUGCAAAUGCUGUUUUUAAUGGACAAAGAAGUGAAAUAUUAUUCAGGAGCAAUGGGAAUAUUACCAGAGAACUCACCAAUAUCACAUUUGGUUUCAGAACCAGGGAUGCUAAUGGGAUAAUAUUGCAUGCAGAGAAAGAGCCUGAAUUUCUUAAUAUUAGCAUUCAGGAUUCCAGAUUAUUAUUUCAACUGCAAAGUGGCAACCAUUUUUAUAUGUUGAGUCUGACAAGUUUGCAGUCAGUGAAUGAUGGUGCAUGGCACAAAGUGUUUCUCUCCAUGACUGACCCACUGGCCCAGGCCUCCAGGUGGCAAAUGGAAGUGGACAAUCAAGCACCUUUUGUGACAAGUGUGGUUGCUACAGGAAGUCUCAACUUUUUGAAGGAUGAUACAGACAUUUAUGUGGCAGACGGAGCUUUUGACAGUAUGAAGGGCCUGCAAGGGUGUCUAAGUACAAUAGAAAUUGGUGGCAUUUAUCUUUCUUACUUUGAAAAUGUUCUUGUUUCCACUAACAAACCUCAGGAAGAGCAGUUUCUCAAAAUCUCUACAAAUUCAGUGGCUUCUGGCUGUUUGCAGUUAAAUGCUUGCAACUCCAACCCCUGUUUGCAUGGUGGAAAUUGUGAAGACAUCUAUAGCUCUUAUCACUGCUCCUGUCCCUUGGGAUGGUCAGGGGAAAACUGUGAACUUGACCUUGAUGAGUGCUUUUCAAGCCCCUGUCUCCAUGGCAACUGCACUGACAGAGUCACAGCCUUCCACUGCAGGUGUGAGCCUGGAUACACUGGUAUGAACUGUGAAGUGGAUAUAGACAAUUGCCAAAGUCACCAGUGUGCAAAUGGGGCCACCUGCAUCAGUGACAUUAAUGGCCAUUCUUGCCUGUGCUUUGGAAAUUUUACAGGAAAAUUUUGCAGGUGAGCCAGAUUACCCUCAACGGUCUGUGGGAAUGAGAGGACAAAUCUUACAUGCUACAACGGAGGCAACUGCACCGAGUUCCAGGAUGAAUUAAAAUGUAUGUGCCAACCAGGUUUUACUGGAGAACGGUGUGAAAAGGACAUUGAUGAGUGUGCCUCUGAUCCAUGCUUCAACGGAGGCCUGUGCCAGGACUUACUCAACAAAUUCCAGUGCCUCUGUGAUGUCGCCUUUGCUGGCGAACGCUGUGAGGUUGACUUGACAGAAGACUUGAUCUCGGACAUCUUCACCUCCGUGGGCUCCACGACGUUGGCCUUGUUAUUGCUCCUCUUUCUGGCCAUCAUUGCUUCAGCUAUAGCCUCCAACAAAAGGGCGGCUCAGGGAACCUACAGCCCAAGCCGUCGGGAAAAGGAGGGCUCUCGAGUGGAAAUGUGGAGCAUGAUGCCGCCCCCUGCGAUGGAGAGGCUGAUUUAGAAGUGGCCUGACCCUCUGAGAAAGCGUUCUACAUGUUGUGAACAUGUCCAUUGCACUUGAGCAGUUUUUGUACAUACCUGGAGAUAAUAAUUUAUAACUGGGAUUACAUUGGAACUGCGGGAAGGAUUCCUUUGACCAACGUAAAGGCUUUUAUAGAGGUUCAACUUGACACCAUUGUUUCAUUAUGUUUUGUUAACUGAGCAGAGAACAAUGACUUUGUGCCAAUAAUUUCUGCCUUAUAAUUAACAAAAAUAAUUUCUAGAAGACAGUGUCUUCUGGGAAAAGCUUCCGUGCCUGUCACUUAACUCUUUGCACACUGGAGACACCUCUUCAGUUAGCCCUUUAGCUGGCAACAGCCAUUGUUUACACAGA